AUACGGGUAGGUUAUUCUGAUAUUUCCUUCUGAGAAAAGUGCCGAAUUUCUUUCUUUUCUCUUCCUUUCCUUUGAUAUUUGCUUUGUAUUUCUGCUGUAACAUUUCGUCAAAUUUUACAAGCACUUCAUUUAAUACGCUUGUUCUGUAUUAUGCAUAAUAACAAAUCUUAUCAAGGUUUUUGUUGUUUUUCAUGAUAAAAGCUUUGCAGCACUGUCUCCAUCCUACUUUGUGUGACUAUCCCUCCUAUAAAUUGGCUUUCUAUCGUGGAAAUUUACUGAGAAAUUGCAAAGAUACGGUAAAGGUAACAAGGGUAUAAAUGAAUAGGGGAUCCUGAUAAGGUCGCUUGUUUGUUAUCAGCCUGUCAUUUCAAAAAGAGACAUAAUCAACUGGUGUUUUGGAGCACCAGUGAAUCUGUCUCAAUGGCUAAAGACAUCCAUUCCAUCUUAAGGUUUGAGACGUGGGAGCAUGAGAUUCCGGAGUGAAACAUCACAAUUACCAACAGAAGACACCAUGGGGCUGCCAAUUGUAACAAAGUAGCAUGGAUAAAUCUCGUAAAUACUAUUCAAGUUUUUAUUUCCACCAAAUUUCAUUUAGUAACAGAAUCUCCUUGCAAUAUUAUCGUGCACUUCUCUCUUUAAUUCUGUAAAUGAAACAUGGUGGGAGGAAACGUGGGCAACACGUUUCUGAUGUUAUCGUAAUUAUAAAUUUCUGAAGCUACCAGUCAAGCUACUUAGAACCUGUUAUCUUAAUUCUAAAUAUACUGUAAUUGCAUUCUUGCCAAUUGAAUCUGAAUUUGGAGGCAAUUUUGCUGCAUUCGAGGUAGGCCCUGGAAUGAUGCAACAAGCAGAACCCCAAAAUUAGUGGCAAAUAGAUCUUGUCCGGUCAAUUUUCUUUCCUUCGAUCCCUUUACCAUCCAGGCAUCAAUUAUCCACCAAAGCAUACCUGGAUGGUCCCUUUUUCCCACUCUGAUGCAGACGUAAACUGGAAACAAACAUUUUAAGAUGAUUUCGGAUUGGAACUUGGAGAAACUUUCCUGUUUAAUCGCCAUUAUUUUCCUUCUUCUUGAAGGGGAAAGAAAAAUCAGGCAGAUCUGAGGGCUAGAAGUGGAAAAUCAUGAUAACAGGCUGUGGGUCUGAUUUGUCUUUGCGGAAAAGGAACUCAGAAUUAAUCUUGCAUCACAAAAAAAUCUUGAAUAACGGUCGCCAAGAGAAUUUUUGAAAAUUGUUCACUGAAUGACAAAAUAGACUUAACACCCCACCCUUGGUUUUCUGGCAUUUCUCUACUGUUAUGUCUUAUCCAUUGACAAAUAGACAAUCACUUGACCUUUUUGUGGCUUCAAAUCUUUGAUAAACCUCUCUAGCAUUUAACCCCACCUUGUCUUGUUCUCCUUUCUUGUACUUUCUCAUGAAACUUCCUCUGCUUCAUCAACAGAAAACAUGUUCAGUUCUCUCUGGAAUUUGAUUCAAUUAAUUAUUGUAACCCAGUGACAGUUUAAAACCCUUAUCAUAUUUCCCGCCAAUUUUUCUUUUUUUUUUUUGUUCAACAUUGAAGAUGCAGAGAUUUUCACAGAGAGAAAGCACGCUUUCAGGCUAUAGUCCCCAAAAGACAUCGAUGGAUUCAAGUUCUGCUCCCAAAACUCCAGAUAGAAACUCCGAUAUAGACUUCAACGAUGUCUUUGGGGGUCCGCCAAGGAGGUCAUCAAUUCAAGAGGCACGAUACAGUUUUGGCGAAAACACGGAUUCAUCAUCCGCCUUCCGAAGAAGUGAUGAAACGGUUGUUGCAUCACGAAAUCCAUGGUCUGGUUUAAGCGAAAAGCCCGUAUUCGGUGAAGAGGGGAUGAGCCGGAGAAGAUACUCUAGAAAUGAUUUCUUUGACGAUAUUUUUGGAGGGAAUGAGUCUUUGAGAUCUUCUCCAAGGAGGUAUGAGAUGAGGGACCCUUUUGCAGCAGAUUCGCAGUUAUUAAGUCCGGCUGGGCCUUUGCCACCAAAGGCUGAACCUUUUGGGAGUUCAUUUCCUGCUCAAUUCAGCCUUCCUGCCAAAUUGAACAAAGGAAUGGACCUCCCCACAUUUGGCUCCCCUACUUGUAGCACAUCUAAAAGCAAGGAUGGCUUUUCAAAUGGUUCAAGUCAUUAUGCACAUUCUCCUCUAUCUAGAGUCUCAGGCCAAGCAAAUCAAGAUAAAGAGGAAGUGAGAAAUGACUUUCAAUCAUCGUAUGGCAUUAGUGCUUUAUCUCAGGAGUUAUCUACGGGUACUGAGGAGUCAACAAACUUGACCAAGAAUGAUGAAACUGAAACAAAAGGCAAUCCAGAAGAAGAUUCAAGUAGUUCAGAAACUUUGAAAAAUGGCAGCCACUUUCACUUCUCAAUAUACAAAUGGGCAAACAAAGGAGGUGUGCCGUUAGCCAUUCCUCUGAGGAGAAGUGAUAGACUCAAAGAAAAGGAUAAGCUGCAGAGGUGCUCAAGUGGUAAUGGAUGGAUAGCAUGUGAAAAUAUAGCAACAGAACCAAAAUCAAAAUUGCAGAAUAGUUUCAUCUCUACUGAUAGAAUGUCAUCAAAUUCUAAAUCUUUUAGAGCAGAACAUGACAAGAAUGAACAUGGCUCUCUUAUUGAUUCAAUAAAUGAAGAUGGAGUAAAAGGUCAAAUUAUUGACGAAGACAGCAUUCCCAAGUCUGAGACAGAAAUCAUAAGCAGGCUUAAAAGUACUGAAAAGAAUGUUCCUAAUAACACUGUCUCGCACGGUUCAGGAGGAGAAGAAAAAACUCGUUAUACCCUUUCUCAGAAAGAUUUGUGUGAUAAACGAGAGAAAGAAGUGUCUACAGUUGCUAAAGAAACUCAGAAGCCUAAGCCGAAACUUUUGAAUUUGCUUUUCAAUGAUGACAGCGAUGAUGCAGAAGCCAAUGAUAAGAUGACUAGAAAUGCUGGACGAACAAAAGACAUUUCUGAAAAGCGUGCCAAGAAGUUUUAUGAAAUUCUAGAUGGUAAAAACAUUAAGAAACAUGAUGUGAAGAAUAGGGCUACAUCGAACAAUGUGGAAGCCAGUACAACAAGUGUAAAAGGUUCCCCUAGGAACUCGUGGGAAAAUGGAAAAGGCAAAGUUAAAGGAAAGGUCAAAGAAUUCAUUAAAAUUUUCAACCAGGAUGCUUCAUCAAAGCCUAAAGCGGACACUGUCACUGAGAGACAUAGCUCUAGACGGAAGGAAGGGCAGACUGUCAAGCCAGAGAAUGAACCAAGUAUUAUUAGUAUGACUGAAAGGGAUAAGAACAUUCACAUGCCUGAAAUGCAAACAAAGAAAUCAUCUUCAGAUGUUCCUGUUGCCAAUCAUAUGUCUAAUGGUGCAUCUGACAAGAAUACUAAUAGCUCAGUAAAGGAUUCUGUUUCUGAUGGCUCCAAGACUAUUCUUGAAGAUCCAGCAGACUCAUUUGAGGACAACUUUUUGAUAGAAGACCUAACGCCAGAAGAGAAAAUGUUGCUACAAUUUGGCAUUGAUCCUGAAGAAAUACAGGCCAUUGAUGCUAAAAUACGGCAAUGGUCAAAUGGAAAACAAGGAAAUAUCCGCUCACUGUUGUCAACCUUACAAUAUGUUCUUUGGCCUGAUAGUGGUUGGAAGCCAGUGCCUCUUGUUGACAUAAUUGAAGGACCAGCUGUGAAAAGAUCAUACCAAAAAGCUCUACUGUGUCUACAUCCAGAUAAGCUAAAGCAGAAGGGUGCUGCCUCGGAUCAAAAAUACAUUGCAGAAAAAGUCUUCGAUAUUCUGCAGGAUGCAUGGACUCAUUUUAACUCACUUGGUUCGGUGUGAUUUACUGUAUGCUCGACUGCAAUGCUUGUUUAAUUGGUCGACAAAAGGAUGCAAAAUUGCAUCCUCAGCAUAAAGAGAAUGCACAGGAUAAUCAAUUCAUGCUGUUUUCAGACACCAUUUUGCACAGGAUAAUCAAUUCAUGCUGUUUUCAGACACCAUUUUGAUUCUUUAUAGGUUGUGUAAAUAUGUAAUGUAACAGAUAGAAACAUUGCUCUUUUCUCACGACUAUAUUUGGAAUAUACCCUGAAGAUUGAGUUUGACAAAGUCCAAAUUUUCCACCAAGUUGUUUAAUGUUGCACUCAAAGAGUAAGCAAAAAGAGGGAG